UGAGUUGCUAAGGGCAUGUGCAACAAUACAGGUGCAAAAACAUAAAUCAGGGUUCAUGGCUUUACCUGAAGGCGAGCAGCUGAGAAAUCUCAGUUGUUUCAAAAAAGACGACUUUGAGCCCAACUGGGUGAAAAUUGCAGCUGGUGGAUUUGGCCAGAUCUAUAAGGUGAAGCAUAAGUUAUGGAGAGAGACAUUUGCAGUGAAAAGCUGUUCAGCUGUGCCCUGUGACACAGAACUCUUUAGAAAUCUGAUGGAAGAAGCAGCCAAAAUGGGGAAGAUAGAGUUUCGAUUUAUUCUACCCAUUUAUGGAAUCUGCAGAGAUCCACCUGCCCUGGUGAUGGAAUACAUGAUAAAUGGCUCAUUAGACAACGUGCUCUGUAGUCAGAAGCUCACAUGGUCCAAAAAGUUUCAAAUCAUCCAUGAAGUAACCAUGGGAAUGAACUUCCUGCAUUGCAUGACACCACCUUUGUUGCACCUUGACCUGAAGCCGGGGAAUAUUCUUCUAGAUGAAUACUUGCAUGUUAAGAUUUCAGAUUUUGGACUAUCCAAAUGGAAAGAGUAUUCAAGCAGAAUGGAACUUUUAGACCGAUCAUCUGUCAGAGGAACAGUUAGCUAUAUCCCUCCUGAAAUGUUUUUAGAAAAUAGUCGACCUCCUGGCACCAAAACUGAUGUUUACAGCUUUGCUAUUGUCAUUUGGGGAAUCCUGACACAGAGAAUACCCUACCCAGGGGCCAGCAUAAUGACUGUAAUCUUCAAAGUAGUAGUAGGAGAAAGGCCUAGUCUGGAGGACCUCCCAGAGGACAGGCCCUUUGAAUGUGAACAAAUGAUUGACUUAAUGGAAAGAUGUUGGGAGCAGGAGUCAAAGGAGAGACCAAGUUUUGCAGAUAUCGUUAAAGAAACUGAAGUACUCAAUGAAAUGAUAAAGUCAGUAGAUAUAGCACAUGGAUGUAAUGAUGAAGGAAAGACCCAUCAACUUGUGUACUGCAAACAGUCCAGCAGCAUCAAAGAAGCACCACAAGUGGAGAAGGAGCCAGUGGCAAAGCCAGGUGAUGGACAGUCAGAAAACUUUAUCAUCAGUGUUUUAUCAAAAAAGGACUUUGAUACAUUUAAAACCAUUGUCAAGAAAGAAGAUGCAUUUGUGAUUUACGAGGACAACUAUACCUUGCUGCACUAUGCAGUGGCCAGUGGAGAUUUUAAAACAGUGAAAGAGGUGCUGCAAAUGGGGGCGGUUGUUAAUUCCCAAAGCAUAAAUGGCUACACUCCACUAAUCACAGCUGCUUUGUAUCGACAUUUUGACGUUUGCUGUUUGUUAAUUGAACAUAAGGCAGAUGUGAACUUAACCGAUGAAGACAAAUGGACCCCUCUGCAUUUUGCAGCUCAAAAUGGCGAUGACAGAAUUGCUCGUCUUUUGCUAGACAAUCACGCCACAGUUAAUGCUAGAGAACGUGAUGGAUGGACACCUCUUCAUUUGUCAUGCCAAAAUGGCCAUGAAAAUGUUGUACGUGUUCUGCUACCUCGUCAUGCAGAGAUUGACCUGCAGGAAAAUGAGAACCGGACAGCUCUUCAUAUUGCAGCUUCCUACGGUCACAUAAGUAUUGUUACUCUUCUGAUAAAACACAGAGCUGAUCUAAACAAAAAGCAAAAUGAGAAUCAAACACCUUUGCAUCUUGCCUCAGAAAAAGGACAUUUUAGAGUAGCAAGACUGCUAGUUAAAAGUGGAGCUGAUGUCAACAGUCUGGAUAAUAAUAAUUAUACAGUUCUUCACAUGGCUGCCUUAAAGGGACACAAUGGAAUAUGCAGACAUCUACUAAAACAUGGAGGCAAUACAAAUUUGAAAACAUCACAAGGUUGGACACCAUUACACUUGGCAUCUUUCCGAGGGCGAUCUGCCACAGUGCGAUUGCUGCUAGAAAAUCAGGCUGAACUUAAUGCAAGAGGAGAGAAGGGUUGGACGCCCCUCCAUCUGGCCACUCGCUAUGGUAAGGAAGAAGUGAUUACAGAGCUCCUAAAGGCUAAUGCUGACCCUAACAUAGCAGAAGAUUCUGGCUGGACACCGCUCCACUUUUCCACCCAAAAAGGAAGUUUAAUCAGCGUUCUUCAAUUGAUCCGUUCUCAUGCCGAAAUAAAUGCAAGAAACAUCCUUGGAUGGACGCCUUUGCAUCUUGCCACUCUGAAUGGUAAUGUCUUGAUAGUCCAGGCCUUACUAAUUAAUAAAGCUGACAAAACUAUUAAAGAUUUAUCUGGCUGUACAGCAGUACAGUUAGCAAUCAGAAACAAAAAAGAAAGCAUUUCAGAACUCUUUACUGAAGAUUCAGUUCCAGACUCUGAUAAUAAUUUUUCCACCAUUCUACAUCAGGCUUUAGACCUACCUGUAAAUAAUCCUCCCAAUCCACAACACCAAUAAAUAUACUGUACAUAUAAAUUCAAGUUUUUAUUAUAUCAUUUUAAACUGUAAAACAUUUGCAUGCAUUUACAAUAUGACAAGUCUAGUAUUACAUUAAUGAGGAAAGACUCGUUUAACUUGAAUUGAUAAAAAACAAUUUAUUUCUUGCAUAGUCCAAAAUCACAUAAGGAAUGCGUCAAUGAGCUUUAACAGGCCCUGUUUUGUGACAGCCCCAUAGCCUUGUCUCCCUAAAAAGACGAAAAAUAAAAACCUCCCAAAUAAAGAAACCUUUGUAGGGAAAGUAAAAAAUGGAAGAAAUCUUUGGCAAUUCAAAGUGUGUCAAAAAAUGGGGCAAGUACAAUAUACAAGACAGAACACAAGUAAUCCUCUUCACAAAGCUGGGUGGCCAACCUUUCAUGGCCACCUCAUAAAUAUGUACAAUACAACAGUAUAAACUACUUUGCUUUUGCACAGCUCUCCUCGCCAAGUGCAGGCACACAGCACCACGACAACUCUCAAGACAAGAUACAAGGAUAGAUUGUGUCACUCACUGGAUACAGAACUAUACAGAAGCCUAUUAGGGCCAUGGAGAAGAAAAAAACAUAUGGACACAGUGAAGAAAAAAAAAAGUGUCAACAUGCUGACUUAAUUCUCGACAUUUCCACUUUAAUCUCGACUCUAAUGUCGAGAUGAAAGUCGUCAUGUUGACCUUAUUCUCGACUUUUCCACUUUAAUCUCGACACUUCCACUUUAUUCUUGUAGUUUACUUUGUAAUUAAAGUAGGAUGUUGUA